CGCCGCCUCCCCGCGGCCGCCGCCGCCAUGUUGGAUGGUGCGUGUGGGUGUCAAGCGCAGCCCGCGGCCGCCGGGCACCGGGACACCGGGACACCGCGCCCGCCCCGCGCCCGCAGGUCAUGAUUUUCAUUUUCUCGUGUGAUCCUCUUGAGGAGAGGAAAUGAUUGUAGUGGAACGUGUUACAGAUAAGCCACUGAUACGGAGCCUUCGCAGUUCAGAAACGUUCCUAGAAGAGCAAAUUUAGCCCUUUGUUGUUUGUGUUCUGGAAUCUGUCUUGGUAAAAAGGGAAAUAAAAAUGACGACUUCGUCUAUCAGACGGCAGAUGAAGAACAUUGUGAACAAUUACUCAGAGGCCGAAAUAAAAGUUCGAGAAGCGACCUCGAAUGACCCCUGGGGUCCUUCCAGUUCGUUAAUGACUGAAAUAGCAGAUCUGACCUACAAUGUUGUGGCCUUUUCUGAAAUUAUGAGCAUGAUCUGGAAACGACUGAAUGACCAUGGCAAGAACUGGCGACACGUGUACAAGGCCCUCACUCUCUUAGAUUACCUGAUUAAAACUGGGUCCGAGAGGGUGGCCCAGCAGUGUAAAGAGAAUAUUUUUGCUAUCCAGACAUUGAAAGAUUUUCAGUACAUUGAUCGAGAUGGGAAAGACCAGGGCAUCAACGUGAGGGAGAAAUCCAAGCAGCUGGUGUCCCUUCUGAAGGAUGACGAGCGCCUCAAGACAGAGAGGGCCCAAGCCCUGAAGACCAAAGAACGCAUGGCUCAGGUGGCCACUGGGGUGGGCAGCAACCAGAUCACCUUUGGCCGAGGCUCCAGUCAGCCCAACCUAUCCACCAGCUACUCGGAGCAGGAGUAUGGAAAGUCUGGAGGAUCCCCGGCAUCCUACCAUGGCUCGACAUCCCCUCGAGUCUCCUCGGAGCUCGAGCAGGCCCGGCCUCAGACGAGCGGGGAAGAGGAGCUGCAGCUGCAGCUGGCGCUGGCCAUGAGCCGGGAGGUGGCGGAGCAGGAGGAGCGCCUCAGACGCGGAGACGAUCUGAGAUUACAGAUGGCUCUGGAGGAGAGUCGCAGAGACACAAUUAAAAUUCCCAAAAAGAAGGAGCACACCACUUUGUUGGACCUGAUGGAUGCCCUGCCCUCCUCGGCACCGGCCCCGCCCAAAACGGAGCCCUGGGGACCUCCUGCUGCUGCUGCUGCUGCUGCUGCUGCGAACCAAACGGAUCCCUGGGGAGGAUCCACAGCUGCAGCCCCUGCCUCUGACCCGUGGCAAUCAUUUGGUGCCAAACCAGCUGCUUCUGUUGACCCUUGGGCAGCACCAGCAGGAUCCACAGCUCAGCCUCUGUCCAAAAAUGUGGACCCUUGGGCUCCUGCUCAGCCAUCUUCUACUGCAGCAAAAUCUUCUGUGGAUCCUUGGGGAUCAGCACCUGCAAACAAACCUCUCUCUACUUCUGGAAGUACAUCUUUUGACCUCUUCAGUAAUUUGAAUGGUACAGUUAAAGAUGAUUUUUCUGAAUUUGACACACUUCGAACUUCCAAAAAGCCAGCUGAAUCAGGUUCCACUCUGCCAUCUCAGCACAGCGGUACCACGAGUCCUGAUCUCUUUGAGUCCCAGCACUCGAGUGGGACAUCAGGCAAACAAAGCGCAGCCCGGAAAACCCCGGAGUCCUUCCUGGGCCCCAACGCUGCCCUGGUGAACCUGGAUUCUCUGGUGUCUAAGCCACCACAACCUGUUACUUCACUGAACCCAUUCUUGGCACCAGGUGCUGCCACCGCACCGACUCCAAUCAACCCCUUCCAGGUGAACCAGCCUCAGCCACUGACCCUGAACCAGAUGAGAGCGAGUCCUGUGAUGGGAAGCAGCCCCUCCUUCAGCGCUGUGCCCCCGAUGAGCAUGGAGCCAAUACCUCUGUCUUCCAUGGCCCCCGUGCCCGUGGGGAUGGCACCGCUGCCGGCCAUGGGCACCGUGGCGUCCAUCAGGAUGGGCCAGGGGCUGAGCAUUGCAGGAUCAAUGCCCCAAGCUCUGCACAGUACAGGAAUGCCGCCGGCAGCCUCCCAGUCUGCAAAUACAACUAACCCUUUCCUCCUAUAAAGACCCAAUUAAAGGAACUUUUCUUUUCCUAGUGUUUCCAGGCUGAAGUCUUUCCAGCAAAACGAACGUGGCCUGUGUGGACUGAACGGUGUGUGAGAGACUUGGAAGUAGAUUUGCAGUUUACAGUUAUGAUCUUUGAAGAGUUGUCUCUACUUACCAGUUAAUCUAAAUCUAGUCUUUGCUACAGAUGGUACCUUACUUUGGCUUGUUGAGCAUCAUGUGAAAUGUUCAGACUUUUCACCAAAGUUAGAUUCUGCCCAUUUUUGUUACUUUGUUAAUCAUUUCAAAUACACUUUCUAGGGAGAGAACCUGCCAUUCGAAAACUCCGUUGGCUAUUUUGUAGAUGUCAGAUCAUGUGCUGGAUUCCUGAAUUUACUCUUCCCCUGCAUCUGUCACUUCCUCUGCCCAUAAGAUAGACCUGGGAUUCCGAGUGCUAGUGAAUGUUUUGCACAUAACUACACACAGUUCUAGACUGUUGGUUCACCCAUAGUCCUUACUCUUAGAAGAGACCGACCCGGAGGGCCCAGGGGGGCUUGGUUUUUAUGCAUUAAACAUUGCAAACUCGCACUGCUUUGGUAUCUCUGAGGUGUGACUGAGAAAAGCAAGCUUGUCUCGAAAGGAGAAUAACACAAAACCCCAGACAAAACACCCAAGACCAUGCUCGAGUUGUGCUGUCGUGUGCAGUGUUGAAUUCCUACACUACUCUAAGGACUCCUGGAACUCUCUGUGAGUGGCUGCACUCGUGCUGAGUGAGUGUCCUGCUCUGUGCUUGUCCAGUACCGGCUUCGUUUGGAAGUUUUUUCAUGUGUAUUUUGUUUUUAUUUGACUUACAAUGUGAGUUGAAAGAAAAAAAAAAUCGGAAAAAAAAAAAGAACAGGAAAAAAACCAGAAAUACAGUGGGACAACUUUGAAUUCAGUUUCACCGGGGCAAGCUUUAAAACUAAUUCAGGCUUAACCUUGCUAUAUGCAGUUACUCUUGUAUACUUUUGCACAUAUUUUGUUUAGUACAGUUUCAUAUUUUGAGUUUGCAGAGUUACCUAAUAGUCCUUUUUUUGCUAAUUUUUAUAAUGUGGUUCUUAUUUAACUGUCUGGUUUUGAUAGAUUUAUCAAGUCUGGCUGAAAAAUUAAGAUAUUGGCAAAUGUCAUUUUUAUGGUUUUAAUGCCCUCUUAUUUAUGGUUUUAGCUCUUUGUUUCUGUAAAGAGAGUUUAAAAGGGAAGAUUAACACUAAAAUAUUUACUUUUAAAUGAAGUAUUCAUAAUGCAAAUCAAAAACAAAUCCUCGUGACUAAUUAUUUUUAGAUGAAUUGAAUUUGAGCAUAACAUGAUUUAAGACUGCAUUAAAAAGAAAAAACACUAAAGUCGCCUUUCCCUUGAUUUGUUCCCGUUUCCCAAUCCCCAGACUGGACAGACUUUUAGCCUUGAUGAAGAUCCCAAGAGAGGCUGUUUGGUUUUAUUUUCCUUGCAAAACUUCUGGAGCUGUUAAAAAUCCUGAUGUACAAACACAACUUGCUUCAUUUUAUCCACUGAUUUUUCCUGUUGGAAGGUGCACUCCGUAGGAUAACUGGUUCCAUGUGCAGCCAUCCCUUGGGAGAUGAAUUAUCCCUUUUUAAAUUUUCAUGUCUGGACUCCUCGGCACCAAACCGUGCUCAGGGGUUCUGCUGGAGCCCCGACUUUGACGGGGCUGAGCUCUGCUCUCCCAAAAAUCCAUGGAAAGGGAUAUCCCUGCAGGGCACCUCGGAAUGGACUUGGUGGCCUUUCCCUAAUUAAGAGAGGGAAAAUAGGAAACAGAAUUUGCCAGAGUUUUGUUGUGGUGGAACAAUUCCCUGUGGGGCCAGAGAGGGGCUGGAUCCCAUGGGAGGACUGGGAUCGAUCUCCUGGUGGGAAGGGGAGGCUGAAGGACGAUCGGAUUUAGGGCACAAUCCCAGACUGGAGCUGUGUAGGUCAGCGUAGCUCUGGUAGUGUAUGGAAUGCUCAGUGUGUGCAUGUUCCUGUGCAGAUAUUGGAUCCUCUGGAAUUGGCAAGGAGGAUUUCCCCAUCUUCAUCUGCUCUUGUUUUUAUAUAGGAGGAAAGAGGAUUGCUGUCCACACCCAGCCUGUCUUUAAAAACUAAACAAAACCCCGUUCACGUUGCCUUUCAGAAUAGGGAAAAAGACCUUUUUUGUUGUUGUUGAGGUUAUUGAAAAGUGUAGAGCAGGAAGGGUGUGAUUCUUGCAGAUCGGGGGAAAAGUGCUUUCCAGCUGAUCUGUGGCGAGAUUUAUCCCGGGUUAUUUUCCCAGUUUGAUUUUAUCAGCACUGGCAUCGAGGUCACUCGAUGUUUUUCCCUUAGUCUGUCACCUGAACUGCAGUGGGAUGGGGCAUUCUCUGUCCAGCCAAAAGUCCUGGCCACGUCCUGGGUCACUUUUUAGAGGCAAGAUGGUGUUGAUAAGAAAUACUCGAAGUGCUGAAAUAAUCUGCAGUUGGAGCUGUCACUGUGAAUUGCUAAAGCCGUGCUCUGGCUCUGGGAGGGAGCCCUGGCUUAAUGAAGCUGUUGAAUGGCAAAUUGUUGCUUUUACUAAGUCACUGCCCCAAGAACUUUAUUCCUUUUGUAUUAAAGAGACAUUUACGGCACAACAAACCCCCCUCCUCCCUGAGGAGCCACACCCCCAAUUCUGGUGCUGUUAAGAUUUAGGCUGAGACUAACCAAGCCCAGAUCCCAGCCUGGCACAGGGCUUGUGGCAGGAGCUGAGUUUAGGAGGAGAAAGAGCUGGUUUGGUAAAUGUUCCUGGGCUGGGCUGUGUCCUCAGGGGGUCACUGUCCUGGCUGGGGAUGCUCCGAAUGGUCCAGCUCUUUUGGUGAUGAUUUUCCUGCUCUCCAGGAUAAUCGUCCCUCCCUCCUGGCCCUCCCACAUUUCUGGAGGAUGUUUGUGUGUCCCAUCGCAUCCCGUCUGCCCCAUUUCUCCAUUUCCCCCUCUUCUUCUUCUCACUUUGCAAAUACUCAAAGUGCUUUUUUUCUUUUUUUCAUUUUUAAAAUGUUAGUAGCCCAAAAUAGCCUUACUGGUCAAAUUGACCAAAGAGAAAAGUGUUAAAUAUUUUGUAAAAAGAAAAAAAAUUCCCCCCUGCCAUCCCCUUGGCAUAAUUCCACCCCCCAAAAUAAGCUCAGUUAUUUAUUCAGUUUUAUACUCUAGAGAAACCCAACUCCGUGGAGGGGGCAGGGAAGGGAAGCCCUGGUGCGUUGUGGUGUUUACAGUUUUUGGGAAGUCCCGUAGCCAAGACAGCUCUUGUUGCCCGAGUGCCCCUUUGCUGUCCCGGUUCUGAGGUGUACUGUAUGCCUGAAUAUUGCACAGGACAUACAGAAAGAGGAGGUUUCUUUUUCCCCAGCAGAAUCUCACUCGCUUCCUUUCCAAGUGUUACACUUCCAAUAUUUCCCAAACUUUCCAUAAUCCCGGGAGCCGGCUGCUUUUUCUGGAUUUGUGCUGACUAUUGACAUUAUUUACUGUAUAAAUAAUUUAUCAUUUGUACUAUUGUAUCAUAAUGUCUGUAUCUUUGUGUCAUUUUUUUUCCUCCCCCCCAAGCGAUGUCACAGAUGUGAUACUUAAACGAUGCCAUCGAACAGUGGAAAGACGAGGGGUUUGUAGGUGACUGGUCAGAAUUAAAAUUGUAUUGCUUCUA